AGAAACCCGGAAGUAAGGAUAACACGUGGUUGAAAAGCUUUAAAAUGGAAGAAGGCAAAACAAUUGUUCAUCGAAGACUAGAAGUUGAAAUUCUAAUACAUCGGUGGCAUGUCAACAAUAAUUAUGAAAAUCAGAUGUUUUCACUCGUUUUGAUGACCUAAAUACUGUGCUAGUCUGAAUAAAUUUUCGGAAAAUAUCAGUGGAAUUUGGACAAAACCCAUCUGUUAUUUCCCACAGACAUAUCUUUUAUACCAUUCCAGAUCCAAAUGAUGUACAUGAAACUUUUAUACCAUAUGUAAUUUUCCUCACCGAAGAACCAUUCCAGAUUCGAAUGAUGUACAUGAAACUUUUAUUAAUGAUUAGUGUGGGUUUAAUAGCAGUGGAAUUCAAACUAAAUAUUAUUUGGAAUCUAAUUCAAGUUGAAAAGGAGAGAGUCGACUUAAAAUUAGCUGUAUGUGUUUUAUCUGCUCGAGAGAAUUUUAAACAGAGACAAACUCUACGUGAAACUUGGUUUAAUGAUAAGUAUUACAACAACCGAACGAUUCGAAUAAAAUCAGUUUUUGUUGUCGGACGAUCAGGCUGCUGUAUUCAUCCCGAAAACCGAUUAGAUCCGUUUGAUUGCAAACAGUGGUAUUAUUCCGUGCCAGAUAACCCUGAUAACAUAGCAUUAUUCCAAAUAUCGAACAAACACUCCACAAAAAGUGAUUAUUCUACCGUUGAUCGGUUAUGGAUAAAAGUCCAACACCCAGUAAGGAUAAAAAGAUUAGGAAUUGCUAACACCUUAACCAGUGCUUUCAAACCAGAGUUACUAAAUUCCAUCCGCGUAGGUCUAGCUACCUUUGACCAGGGUGAACUCGAGGAGGUUGUGUCUGUUCAAUUUUCUUACAUGGAUCCGGGCAUCCUACACAAUGGUUACAACUAUCAGCCCAUUACUGAACGGUAUCUACCAAAAGAUUUAGAAUAUGAGAUAUAUGUCGAAGGACUUCCAACUGGCUUCGUUUUUGGUGAUUCUGAAACAACUAUUAUGCAUGACACUGGCGCUGUAGUUGUUGAGGGGUUGACAGCAGAUAGAACGUACAUAAAUAAUUCAAACAUUAAUAGUCUUAUAUCGUUUAUGUUUAAUGUAGAUGAAAUUGAAGAGUUGCGAAACAAGAGAGAUAAGCGCGAUAAUUUGGACCUAGAAUGGCAGAGUAUAGAAGUUGGUGUGGAGGCCGAGUUAUCAAAAGAGAUGAAAGAGAACGGUGAUAUAUUGUUGGUGGACACGAUGGACGUUUAUAGAAAUUUACCAAAGAAACUAUUAGCAUGUCAUCGCUGGUUCUAUGAUAAAUAUGAAGUUCACUUUGUUUUGAAAACGGAUGAUGAUUGUUUUGUAGAUAUACGAUCGAUUUUAAACAAUUUACACGUAAAUCUAUCUCAUAAACUCUGGUUAGGUCAUUUCCGGAAUGAUUGGCUGGUGCAGCGAUCCAACAAAUGGCGGGAGCGAUACUACACGUCACAGAUUUAUCCCAAGUUUGCUUGUGGAUCCGGAAAUGUUGUUUCAUCGGAUGUUCAUCGCUGGCUGGCAGGAAAUCAUCUGGAUCUGUUUGCCGGUUACCAGGGUGAAGAUACGGCUAUGGGAAUCUGGCUAUCCGCGUUGGGUGUCAAAUAUGAACAACACUCGAGAUUUGUUUGUGAUUUGUUUCUGAAAUGUAGUCAACCGUUUGUUGUGCCUAAUUUAAAUAUAACAGAAAUACAAGUCAUGUGGGAUAAUAAUAUCAAAUGUGGAUUUCCUAGUGGUUGUAGUUGUAAACAGACAAUACAGUAAAUAUACAUGAUUCUGUUGAAGGCAGCAUUUCAGGACUCAAAUUUGAAAAUAAAGUGUAGGCCACGGUGGUUGAGCGACUAGCACGUUCACUCGCUCACCUGGGGGUCCCUUGUUCGAUCCUUCGGUUGGCCGAGAAAGUACCGAUAUGAAAUUGAUAUGCAUAAUUUAAAUUAGUGAAACAAAGAAUCUUAUUGAAUUUCCGCAAUUUCAGUUAUUUAUUACUUCUAGAGUUGUGGCCCUUGUUUAAUUUUGUUGGAUCUUGUGAACAUUUUAACGACAAAGGUUUUCUUCCGAUGGGGGUUCAUGCAGGACGGAGGGUCUGACAAGGACAGCUGUCUAGUCCUUCGGAUGAGACGAAAAACCGAGGUCCCGUGUAAACAUUGGAAUGCACGUGAAAGAUCCCUUGGCAGUUGGAAUUCGAUAUAAGAGUAGGCGAUAGUGCCGCUGCCCGGGCAAAAUUUCCCUCAUAGCACACUGUAUGGCGUUUGCCCGUCUUCAUUAGCCCAGUAUAGGAGCAGAACAGUAGGACGUUAAACCCCAUUUCAUUUCAUUUCAUUUCCGAUGGGGGUCACGAUGGCUAAGUGGGUGAGACGCUGGCUCGCUAGCUUGGAGGUCGGGUGUUCGAUCCCUGCAUUGGCCGAGAAAGUUCAUCCAGAUUUUCUGACGUGGUUACCCCGUGUCAGUGAUGCAGGACUGAGGGCCUGACAAGGACAGCUGUCUAGUCGUUCGGAUGGGACGAGGUCCCGUGUACAUAUUGGCGUGCACGUAAAAGAUCCCUUGACAUUUAGAAUUCGAUAUAAGAGUAGGUCGUAGUGCCGCUGUCCGGGCAAAAUUUCCAUCAUACAUGUAGCACACUGUAUGACGUAUGUCCGUCUUCAUUAGCCCAGUUCGCAGCAAAACAGUAGGACGUUAAACCCCAUGUCAUUUCGUUAUCUUCCGAUCGUAUGAAAUUUAUAUGCAUCAUUUGAAUAAGUGCAACUACUUACCUGCUGUGGGCGUAUGUUUCGUUGCCUGGCAAUGUAUCUUAUCAGUCAUAGUAAACUUUUUAAUUUCCAAAGAUCAGUAACUAUCGAUACUCUGGACCCUAUUUUUAUAAAUUCAAAGGCAUUGCUGAAUGGGACUGAUGAUGCCCCUGUAAAUCUAAAUCAUGCUGCUUUUGAUAAACUGCAUAGGUACAUUGAGUUAAAUAUACAUUAUGCAAGAGCUAAAUCUUCCUAUUGCAGGUCUUUCUUUAGGCCUGGAAUGUUCUAUAAGCUAUAAGCUGUUAAAUAGACAUUUAUUAACAAUACAAGACCAUAAUCAACUCUCGAUGGCAUCGAACACUCGAGAUUUUAACUAGAUUAGAACGGUUCGCCAUUUAAAAAUUUAAUUUAAAAAUGGGAAAGCGAGGCUAAGUCUCGAAUAUACCAGUGCCCUGGUUACCACAAUGCACACAUCUUGUCAAAAUUACAAACAGUGAUAACUUGGCUCAGAAUAAAGUUAUUUAAAUGAAAUGUUCAUUUUUUACAUUAUCUAUUUUUGAGCUAUUAUAGCAAGAAUGAUCAGCCCUUUAUCUAAAUCUUACAUAAUGUAUCUUUAACUCAUCGGUUUAAAGUGUAGUCUCUGUCACUUGAUUACUUGAUCUCAUUCUAGAAACCUUUGACCUGUAUUUUUCAUCUCGGAACUUGAGUGUAAAACUGGAUGUCAAUUAUCAGAUGUUUUGUUAUUAUUAACAGCACACCCCAUUCCUUCAUCAUUCCCUGGAUAACAUGGGAAAAUAUUCGGAUAUUUAAACUGUCAGUUUUUAAUAAUAUUGACCCCUGUUAUUGAUGACCGACAACUCACCUUCGCUUUUUCUUUUCUUUAUUGUUUUAGUUCUUACUAAAUAAAUGUUCGACCUACUGCUCUUUAAUGUACUCUCACUUUCGCCGAUUAAAAAUAACCACCACACCAAAAAGCCAUAUUCAUGUUGCUUGUUUUCAUGCUUUGGAGUGUACAAUUAUGUGAUUAUAUAACACUAUAGGGUUAUUUUAGGUCUAAGAAAAGUGUUCUGUUUAAUAUAGAAAUCUUUACCUACAUGAUGUGUGACGAAAACUAGGAUAAAGAAGUAGCUUGCAUUACUCUGCUACUAUCUUAGACUAACUCACAGACAUUUAUGUCAGUAUCCAUUUCUGGAAAGUAGAGUACUAUCGUCCAGUCAUUUCGUGCGCGGAUUAGUACAAUUAACUAGAAUAAUGUUGACGUUAAAUGGUGCCCAUAUGAAACACCGAAAAAUGGUAAUUGUCCCGCCCAAAUAGCUGCUGCAUUAUACUUCUAUAUAUAUAUAUUAUUGAUUUACUUCAGACAGUCAUUCGGAGCCCAGGGGAUCAGCAUACCUAUAGCCUCCUCGACUUAGAGGCUAGGGCGAAGACAUCAUCCUAGCGCAAACGUUAUGUAGAACUAUCAAGAAAUAUGUGGCUCUUGCCACCUUAAGCCGUUAGGUCUAAGUUAGAAAGGAUAGUAAACUCAGACCGUGGAUAUUUUUAUAACUCCUAAAGUAUCUCUAAUAGAUGUUGUAGUUUUUCAGUAUUUAACCUUUGUAGUUUGCUGUAUUUGUUAUAUAAACUUAAUAACAACAUAAACGGUGUUCCAGGUUCAGUUAAUUGAUGAUUGAGAUAAUUGAUCCCACAACGUGAAGUCGAAGAAAGGUCUAGAAGAAAGUGUCACACAUCCCUACCCCGUAGUGCCACAGGCCGUUUUAUUUGGUACCGCGACACAGGAUAGUGUCACAAUUAUAUGUACAUUUGUAAUUAUAUUGAAUAAAAUAUUGUCUUAACCAU